AUGCAGCGGCUGCCCAUGAAUUUCUACAUCCGCCAGUGGUACGAGCCCAUGGAGGACCUGGCCUGGCGCGCCAUGCGCUGCGCGCCAGGCCCGGGGACCCGUAGGGCGCUGGAGGUCCUGGAGGCGCUCGAUCGAGCGCUCUGCUUCGCGAAGAUGGAGCCCUGCUUCGAGGACGGCGCGCGCCGCUUGCGCGCUGCAGAGCACGUCUGCGCGAAGAUGGACGCAACGGGCGUGCUGGCUUGCGACAGCAUGCAGGACUUAAAACGAGUCCCGCGUGAUGUCUUUGCCGAGUUGGAACGUUCCAUCGCUGGCUGUGCAGAGAAGGACCAACCACUUUGGACGCUCCUGCGGCAGAAGCGAGGCGUCCUCUGGAGCCUGGGAGCGGCGCUGAACCAAAAGCCUUGUGACGAGGAAGGGGGAGAUCAGGAUCUCGCGACCCACCUCCUCUGCCUUGGCUUCGCCGGCAUCCUUUUGGAAGGGCAUCCGGAGCGGCUGGCUCGGCUGAAGGACUUCUUCGGCCAUCGCGAAGACCUGGUGCUCCUGUCCCAGCCGGCGGAGCCCCGCUUUGUGGGCGCGAUGCUCGAGGAUGCCACCUGGAACAACCGGGUGCUCCGGGACAAGGAGGUCGACCUGCUGCAGAUCACGCUGGGCGUCAGCGACUGCAGCUUUCUCAGCGCUCUUCUGGAAGGUGGAGUCCGGCCGCGGUUCCUCCGAAUCAUCUACUGGCACGUGAUCCCUCCUCCUCUUCUUUACCAGCCGGGCUCUUAUCGCCCGCUCGGCGACUGGUACGAGGACGGUGCCCUUGAUACCUAA